AUGGCCGGGCUCAUCCCCUUGAUGCUCGCCUCGAGCACGCGCAACAACUACAUCGGCUCCUCGCAGUCGUGCCAUUCGCGCCGCUCAUCCAGCGCUAGCAGCCUCGGAUCGCCCGGCUUGCCGCCAACAUCACCAACUUUCAGCCAGUACCCGCGACAGAGAUUGUCGAAGCGCAUCUCACUCCCGCCGCCCCCUCUGACCGAUGCAGUCCCAACAAUCCCAGUGACGGUGACGGAAUGGAAGCAGACCAUCGCCCAGGUGAAGCGCCAGUACUUCAGCAAGCGCUACCGUGCCUGCUCGGCUCGCUGCCUCGAGGUGCUCGAGGGCGUUAAGGAUAUGCCCGAUGUCGAGCCCGUCUACCUGAUCUAUCUGCACUUCUAUGCCGCGACAUCCAUGGAGAUCUGCGCUCGCGCUCUACCCUCGACCUCGGCUCUGCGGACGACUCUUCUGCAGCAAGCUCGUACACACUUCGACCGCGCCUCCUCGCUCAUCAGCUCGGCCGAAGAGUCCAUCAUUAGGAAAGCCCGUUCUGGCUCGGCCAUGUCAUCUCGGGCCUCGUCCAGCUGCCACUCACCGUCCAGUUCGGUCAGCUCAUCGCGCGCAUGGACCCCGGAUACACAGGUUUCGUCGCCGACUGAGUCGAUCUGUUCGUGCGACGAGAAGAACUCGUCUAGGAAACGCUCCAAGAAGGUGUCGUUCUCGCUGCCUCGCCAGCAACAACAGCAGCAGCAGAAUAUCCAGGAGCCAGAGCCCGAGUCCGAAACAUCCUACCCCGUCACUCCCGAGCCCAUGGUCCGACCGGACUCCCCCACUCUCGGCUUCGACGACAGCUACUUCCAGGCUGGCGCUGCGCGUCAAAAACUUCCCGAGAUCCCGCUCUCGCCGAAGAAGUUUCACGAGGUUGAGCUCCCGCUGCAACAGCCACAGCAGCAGUCCCCUCACCAACAAUUACAAUCCUAUACCUCACAAUUCACAAUUACUCCCAUUCCUGAGGAAGACGAGCCCGAAGAAGAGCAUAACCACCACCAUCACCAUCACCAACAACAACAACAACAACAACAACAACAGCAGCAUCAUCGUAAUCAACAACAUUACGACCACGAAGAAGACGAAGAUGACGACUACUCCCCUCCCCCCUCCCCAACCGUCGCCCGCUCCGUCGACCGUGCCUGCGAGCACCUCGCCUCGUUGCGCUCCCAGCUCGUCCGCCACGCCGCCUCCCUCGAUGAACUCCUCUCCUACUCCGUCCAGCGCAUGUCCAUGAUGGGCUCUUCGCCUUCUCCGGCCCCAGCAUCCCCUACCAUCCCCGAGUUCCGGCCCCCUGUUAAUAUCGCGGGUUCGUCAACGACAUCAUCGGGGCCGGUACGGCUGCCGUCGAUGCAUCGUCGGGCGCAAAGUAGCACGGCAAUGGCGACGAUGAUGCAUCAGGGGCAUAACCCACUGAGUCGGGAAGGUGCCAGGUCGGCGGAUUUGCAGGCGAGAAUUGAGAAAUUGAGGAGGUGUGGUUGGCAAAGGAAGAGGUUUGAUGCAUCGCGGUAUGAGGAGUUGUGUGAGGCUGUUAUGGCGGAGCUGUCUUGA